GCACGUGACAUAUACCCUCGCUUUUCUUUAUGUCCGGUUUUGCUUUCUUUUUUUUUUUUACCCCGGCGGUGGAGAAAAGGCAUCGAGUCAUAAGUCACCUGAAAAUUUCCGUAGUGAAAUGCUGCUUUUGUCUGCUUUCUUCUUUCUUUCUUCUCGUCAAUCCAUUGGAAACAAACUAAACAAUGCCACAUCUCUUCUCUAACAUCGAACAAUUGCCACCAGAUGCUCUGUUUGGUCUGAAGGCCCGUUACGUUGCCGAUGACAGAGCCACCAAGGUUGAUUUGGGAAUCGGUGCUUACCGUGAUGAGAACGGUAAGCCAUGGGUGCUUCCAUCUGUCAAGCGUGCUGAGAAGUUGCUCCAGGAGGACCCUUCCUAUAACCAUGAGUAUCUGCCAAUCCAAGGUUUCGCACCUUUUGUCACAGCUGCUGCCCAGGUUAUCCUAGGUGAAGACUCACCUGCAAUUGCAGAGAAGCGUCUGGUUUCUGUCCAGUCCCUGUCAGGUACCGGUGCACUUCACGUUGCUGCCAAGUUCAUCAAGAAGUUCUAUUCAAAGUCUGAAACUGUCUACCUCUCCAAGCCAACAUGGGCCAACCACUUCCAAGUUUUCGAGACAAUUGGUCUCAAGACUGCUACCUAUGCCUACUGGAAGGAUGAGACAAAGUCUUUGGACCUGGAAGGGUACCUGAGAGACAUUGAAUCCGCACCAGAAGGCUCAGUGUUCUUGCUUCAUGCUUGUGCCCAUAACCCAACAGGGCUGGACCCAACCCCUGAGGAGUGGACGCAAAUCUUGAAUGCCAUCAAGAAGAAGAACCACCUUCCUAUAUUCGACUCUGCAUACCAAGGUUUCGCCUCUGGUUCCUUGGAGAAGGAUGCCUGGGCCCUCCGUGAAGGUGUCAAGAUUCUCAAGGAGACCCCAAUCAUCGUGUGCCAAUCGUUUGCUAAGAACGUUGGUAUGUACGGUGAAAGAGUUGGUGCCUUCCACUUGGUGCUGCCAACUGAUGAGAACAAGGCGGCCAUAUUGUCUCAACUCCAAGUGUUUACAAGAUCCGAGCUGUCCAACCCACCAGCCUACGGUGCUAAGGUUGUUGCCAAAGUAUUGACCACACCAGAGUUGAGAAAGCAAUGGCAAGAUGACCUCAUCACCAUGUCUCAGAGAAUCCACAAGCAAAGAUUGGCUCUAAGAGACCGCCUCGUGAAGCUACAAACUCCAGGCAACUGGGACCACAUCGUCAACCAGCAAGGUAUGUUCUCCUUCACAGGGCUCUCAAAGGAACAAGUUGCAAGAUUGGAAUCCAAGCAUGCCGUGUACAUGACCGCCAAUGGUCGUGCUUCAGUUGCCGGCUUGAACGAGCACAACGUCGAAUACGUUGCAAAUGCUAUCGAUGAGGUUGUCCGUAGUGCUUCAAAGUUGUGAUUUUGGAGGGGGCCGUAUAUAAACGUAUAUAUUGUACCAUCUAUAAAGACUCAUGUUUUGUUUCU